GUUUAAAAGAAGAUCUGGAGAAAGGGAAAGCUGCCAAGAACCAACUCAGCUUGUGGGAUAGCUUCCUUGAGAUGCGUAUUCGAUUACAAAAGGCCCUUUUGAUUGCCAACAGGCUACCACAGAAAGACCAACUUGCAUCAUUUAAUUCUUCAGGCGACAAGAACUUGAGAGAGUCAUACAAACAAGGAAGAAAAACAGUGGCUAAACUGCUUGGGAACCUGUUGUGGAUUCAAGAGAAACUGCUAGAACAGAAUCCUGAUACUAGGAACAUCUUACACCCAGGGGUAGAAUCAAGCAAAAGUACUGCUUAUUGCAGUGAUGAGGACGAAGAAAUACCCAGUGAUACAGAAGAUGAGAAAAGUGAUGAUGAUCUUGGUGAUGGUGCUGAGAAUGCAGAAGUUAAACCCGACCAAGCUGAGGGUAGUCUAAAGCUCCCUGCCAAGAGAAAACAUGAAUUGGCCACCUCAGAAUAUGCAGAAUAUAUUUCUAAACGACAUGCUGCCUUCAAGAGUUACAGAGAUGCAACAAUAUCAAAAUGGAGUGAGAAAACUAGAUUGGCAUCAGGAAAGCUAAACAGCAAGUCUUUCAGUUCCUUUGACCGCUUAGCUUUGGCACAGAUAAAUCAUAUCUUAUCUGACAAAGCUCGUCUUAUUAAACGAACUCAACUCAAGAGAACUCCAUACAGAGUCCUUGGCAAGUCGGAAGAUGAUGAACAAAACACAGAGUCAAAAGAGGAGCAAACUGAUCUGCAUUUGAAAGACUACGACUCAGAGAUAUUUGAUGACGAUGACUUUUAUCACCAGCUUCUACGCGAGUUUAUAGAGCAGCGUACAAGUGGGAACACUGAUAAUCCAAUUGACAUGGGAAGACAAUGGCUUGAACUUCAAAAACUUAGACGAAAAGUGAAACGGAAAGUCGACACGAAGGCUAGCAAAGGCCGAAAAAUUCGGUAUGAUAUUCAUGGCAAGCUUGUCAGCUUCAUGGCACCAAUCGAGAGAGGAACCUUGGCGGAUUCCUCGAGGAAUGAAUUGUUUUGUUCUCUAUUUGGAGCAAAACAACAAGAGCAAGCUGCUGAUAUCAACGUUUUCAGAUGACCAAAGUUUCAUCUUGCAUGUAUGGUUCAUCUUUAUCUUCUGAAAUCAUCUCUUCAUCAGAGAAAUUAACUGACACUUAUUCAUACAUGUAUUUACGAGGUGUUCUUGUCACCAUGAUGACGAUAACAUUAUCCCAGUAAAACAAAACAAUAAUAAGGAAAUAAAUUUAAUUUCCGAUGACAA